GUUAAUUCUUCUUAUUGUAUUAUCUUCUAUUGUAUUUUUAAUCUGUAUCAAAAGUGACUGGAAAGUCGAAUAGUCAAUAACCCGCACCCCUCAAACUUUAAGAAAAAUCGGAAAACAGAAAAUAUUGCUAAAUAAAAUAAAUUACAAUGUGUUAUACUUAAAAUACGCUCAAGUAAAAUACAUUAAAUUAAGCAAACAUCUCAUUUCAAAUAAAUAUGUCAAAUUGAUUAACUAUAAGCGUUUUAUGCGUACAAUAUUCGAGGAAUAAAUUGGGCAUAAUGUUUAAGAGUCGUGGUGAUAGUAAUAUUGUUUAUAAAUGUACUGUUCGGUUGUUGGAAGAUACAGAAAUAUUAGAGUGCGAAUUCCAUCCUGGCUAUAAGGGGAAAUAUCUAUUAGAGCAUGUAUGCCAGCAGUUGAAUUUGGCAGAAAUAGAUUAUUUUGGGCUGCGCUAUGUGGAUUCUGUGGGGCAAAGACAUUGGCUGCAUAUUGCAAAAUUAAUACUGAAACAAGUAAAAGAUUCCUCACCAAUGCUCUUUAGUUUCCGAGUAAAGUUUUAUCCACCGAAUCCGCUUCUGUUAAAAGAAGAUGUCACUCGAUUCCAAAUAUACUUGCAAUUGAAACGAGAUCUCUUACAUGGGAGGCUGUAUUGUACGGCUAACGAAGCGGCUAUGCUCGGCGCGUUAAUCAUACAAAUUGAACUUGGUGAUUACGAUCCAAGUAUACAUAUAGGCAACUAUGUGGCGGAGAUGCGACUGUUGCUGAGACAAACAGAUGCUAUUGAGGCUAGGAUACAGGAGUUGCACCGGGAGCCUGUGGAGGGGUCUCCGUGUGGCACGGGCGGUGUGAAGGGCCUCACCACGCAGGAGGCGGAGAGGACCUUCCUCAAGAUUGCUUGCCAGCUCGACACCUAUGGAGUUGAUCCACAUCCUGUUAAGGAUCACCGAGGUAACCAGCUGUACCUGGGCAUCAACCACGGCGGCAUCCUCACGUUCCAGGGCGGUCGCAAGACUAACCACUUUAAGUGGUCCGAAGUCAAUAAAAUCAAUUUCGAGGGACGCAUGUUUAUCGUGCAUUUAAAUUACCCUGAAAAAAAGCACACUGUGGGAUUUAAAUGUCCGAGCGGCGCCGCGUGCCGACACGUGUGGUGCUGCGCUAUCGAGCAAAUGCUGUUUUUUACGUUGCCAUCAUCAUCUGACGCGUGUGUGUACUCUGGCGGCGGACUGUUCUCGUGGGGCACAAAGUUUAAAUACGUGGGCCGCACUGAGCGAGAGAUACUCGAGAGGGAUGGCCUACUGGCGCCCCGGGACCAUUCGGAGGAAGGGUCAAGUGGCGGUGGCAGGAGGAAAGCGUCGAGCGUGCCCGCGACGCCCUCUACACCUAUGACUGGAGACUUUGGAUACAGCAGCCUGCCGCGUUCGACGCACAGCGCGCCGCUGGAGGAGAGCGGUGGUGUGGGUGGGGUUGGUGGCGGGGCGGAGGGCGAGAUGUGUGACGGCGCCUGUCUGCUCAGUGGAGCCGCCGUCGACAUCGCGCUCGCCUGCUGCGACAAGACGUCAGCCGCCUGUCCCGAGUACAGUGCGCGGGAUCCAUACGAGCACUCGUCCACUGAGUCCGCGGCGACGCACGGCACGCUCGGAACGCACGGCACGCAAGGCACGCACGCCUCUCAGGCGGAGGAAUGGCGGCCCGCGCUGCAGCCGCCGCCGCGCCCCUUCAGCCUGCUGCGCGCCUUCGUGCCCUCCUUCCUGUUCGUGUGGUUCUCCCUCGCCCUCACCGCGCUCCUCGUCUUCGAGACCGACUGGCCGCUGCUGCGACAUCUCAAGCGUAAGCCGGAAAUCAUCUCCCUCCGGCAUCACUACUACGCCCCCCUCAAGGAGUACUUGAAAAAGAAAGUUGUCGAACUUUUCUGAUUUUUUGACAACCUUUACAGACGGAUCUUUGAAGACAACUUUGUUUGGUUUUUCACUAUAUUCAUGUUGAAUAGACUUUGGGUGGUUGAGGUCCGUCUCUAAGGUACGAGAACUAAUUACGUGAAGCGUCUUGCUACGUUAAUAGUGUUUGUUUUGUUGCUUUGACUAACAGCUUUGAUCCCUUGUGUUAGUUUAAUGGAUCAACUUAGUUGUUUAUAUUAUUCCAUUAAACUAGGAUAAUUUAUCUCUGAGACUAAAUAUAUUAUUUCCGUGUGAUCUAGUAAGUAGAUCUGAUUUUUUGUUAAUCCAUCGUAAGACAAUAUUUUAGUCAUUGAAUGAGAUAAAUUGAAAAUAUAAAUACAGAGUACAAUUUACAUUUAAACGAAAUGACUACAAACUAAACGUAUAUUGAAUCUCGCGCCUUGCGUUGGCUCUUAUUUAACUUUAAUUACAUUUUACAUCAAAUAAAGUUAAAAAGACUUGUCCAAUGAAAGAUUUCCGAAUACAGUUUUUAAUGUUUUGUUUUAAUCUACUUCAAAUUGUAUAAUUUUCUUUUUGCAUUUAACUUUUUGUAUACAUUUGUAUAUAUCCCAAUAACCACAAGAGAUGCCAAUACAAGCCAAAAUAACUUCAUCAUAAUAAAGCCUGAUAUAACAUUUAUAUGUAAUUUGACACAUUUUUGGAGAAUUUUAGAAUCGUAGUUAAUAUUAUAAUAAUUAUUAUUAUUAGUAAUAAUAAGAAAUAGUAUAUAAGGUCACCGUUAUACGCUUAAUUUACGCACAAAUUUUUCUUAUUAUAUUAAAGCUUUAACAAUUUUAUUCCGCUAUGAACAUUUUAGUAUUUAAAAUAUUC